GGCCCGCGAGCCGAUGCGCAUGCGCGACCCGCGGAAUUUUGAAUACGCCUCGACGUGCUCCGCGUUCCCACGGAUCCGAUUAUUUCCCAGACGUAGUCCAACGGCUUCUGCUCCGAGCCACCUCGUUUCUGACAAGGAACUCGACCAUCGCUCAACAACUACGCACCGAAAAGAAUAACCAGCAGUCUACCUCCUCGCUCGAUCAACGACAGCACGCAAAAGUACCCGCCGACACCAGCCCCGUUCCCCAAGCACGAGACCAUCGCCUCGAAAUUAGAAGACACUGCUUGAUAGAAACAGCCAAGCGUUUGCUAAACACGCCUCACGCAACUACGCACCUACCGAUUCGCAACUGCGCCCACAAUUCGCGUGCACAGGGCUAGCAUUUUAUAGCUCUUGGGGAGAAUUAGAGCACUCUAAUGGAGUCACGCGAUACCAGCCUGUUCUAGUUCCAGGCUUUCACCCUGGCCAGAGUCCCUCCGAACCUACCAGAGGACUGAGUUAGGGUUCGCCGAGUGAUCCAGUUGAUCAUCGAUCAACCCCCCAGAAUUCCAGAAAGGUAAAACGAGCGUAACGGCGACGAAUCAUCGCCCAGGCAACCAGUUGGCAAAACACUGGCGUCGAAGAGCCGUGGACGCGGGGGGCAGCGUCGACGAGCAUCGUCUCGAGGAACAGGCCAGUCUUCUGUAUGGAUUUGUCGCUGGUGACGGAUGACACGGUUCGAUCCACGUCCCCGAGGACGCCGAUCGUUUCAGUCGGCAUCGUUUUUUCCCGUCUGACAUGAACACGCUGGAGGAACUCGACUCGGAGCCCCGGGCGUACGACAGCUGACGGCAGCCAGACGAUCGUUUGCAUCCUGGGAAAAGCGAGCGCGGAUAAGGGGAAAGAUGGAUGUCAGGUGCGCCUGGAUCGUCUCUUUCGGGCUCGUCGUACUUCUCGUCGUAUCGCAAGGCUGGGCCAUUGACUGCUUCAAGUGCGUGUCGAUCGACGGCGACAAUAAGCCCUGCGACGACCCGUUUCACAAUAACGGAAGCCUCGCUUUCUUGGAGUCGCCGUGCAUGGGAGGACGCAAAGGCCGCGAUGGUCUCUUCCCUGCGACCGCGUGCAUCAAAAUAGCGGGCAUAUACGACGAGUCUGGAAUCUCUUUGACGGUGAGAAGCUGUGCUCUGGACAGCGGGACUUUGACGACCGACUCGGAAAUAAUAAGAAUGUCGCAUUGCGGAGGGUUCUACUUCGACGACAAAUACGUUCGAGGUUGCGUUCAAUCAUGCAACGAUGCAGACGCCUGCAACGGAUCCACGCGACAGGCAGCUUCGUUCGUGGUUUUGGUUUUGUCGCUUUUCGCAGAGUUAGUUUGAUGGAGACGCUCUACAUAUCAUGUAUCAAUUGAAAUCAUAGACAAUUAUUGUAUAUAAAAAGAGAAAACGAAGAAGACAACACCUGUAAUGGACCAUUUCGAACUUGAAACUCUAAGAUGACCAAUUAGCUGUGGACCAAAAACAAAAGAAAUAUAAUAUCAUUAAUGAGAUAACGAUAUUAAUAUCAACUAUCAAAUAAUAUCCAUAUCAACGUAGAAUAAUUAAUAGAAUGUAAGGUUGAAAUAUACAGUGUAUCUGGUCUCAAUGUGUUCGUGCAAUAAUUUUUCAAAAUAUUAAAAAUAAACAUCCAUAAAAAGUGUUUUAUUCAAACAGAGAAAUAUAAUAUCGAAUUUCAAUUGUGUCGGAGAGUUCAGCUUCACAAAUCUGAUCAUCGUUUUUAUUGACUACAACAUUCUUGGAUCUCAAAUCUGAAAACGAAAUGCAUGUAUGCACUGAGACCAAAACAUCCUGUAUAAUUAUUUCUUAAGACACGCAACAAAUAUUUAGACCAACGAACAGGCUCACGAUUUGAUACUAUUAGACAGAUUGCAAAUAGCAACGACAACAACUGCCAUCUCAAUUACGAAUACGUAUACGUUAAAAAAAUAAUCGUCGACAUUUUAUUAUACCACACGCAUCGUUUUCUUCGUAUCAAGUAUCAUAGAGAUAUAAUGAGUUACAUAUUACUGAUCUUAGGCAUCGUUCGACGACAGUGAGAUAUACGAAAUUAUCGCAGACUGUAUACCGUAUUAAAUAAAC